CCGACGUCCAUGAUGGCGACUUCGACGUUCCCCUGCUUGCUCUCGUCAGCUCACUGUCGUUUGUAUUGCUGAUGAUGGCUGCUCCGCUUGAAGUGCUAUCCAUAAUCAUAGGAUGGACAUACUUUUUCCUAUGGAGCUUCUCGUUCUACGGACAAGUGGUGCUCAACUUCCGCCGAAAGAGAGUGGACGGGCUGUCUAUGGACUUCACCUGGCUCAACUCGUUCGGACAUGGGUCCUAUGCAGUAUUCACUACAGCAAUGUUCUUCAGCGCUGAAGUAAGACGGCAGUAUCGGGAGCACAACGAUGGGCAUGACAGUUCUGUACGGGCGAACGACGUUGCUUUCGCUGUCCACGCAUUCACGCUCGCAACGAUCACCUUGUUGCAGACCUUCUGGUAUCCGCGCGCACCCGACCAACGCCUUUCCAAUUUCAACCGUAUCCUCCUCCUGGCUUUCGGGACCUUCUGUGUCGUGGACCUGACAUUGGUAGCGAGCCGGGUAGAGCAGGUACUCCCGUUCCUGAACCACUUGAGUUACUUCAAACUCUAUGUCUCCAUCGCCAAGUAUGUGCCCCAGGCAUGGUUGAAUUAUCAACGCAAGUCAACAGUAGGGUGGAGCAUCUCCAACAUCCUCCUGGACUUCAGCGGUGGUGUGCUUUCCCUUGCUCAGCUGUUCCUAGAUUCAUGGCUCGCACGUGAUUGGACGUCCAUCACCGGCAACCCCGUGAAAUUCGGCCUUUCAUUCCUUUCCAUCUUGUUCGACAUGCUGUUCAUUCUCCAGCAUUAUGUGUUUUACCGGCACACGAGGGAGAAGCCAGACAUGGAGGGCGCAACGGAGACGGCAGAGGAGGGAGCGGUCGGAGAGCAGCUUCACGACGAACAGACACCACUGUUGCGGGAUGCGUCCUCUCGGUCUCUCUUGGCGUUGGCUACCUAGAGGACGCGUCCAGCAGCGGCGAGUGUUAUUCUGUUGUUAUUGGUCUCAUUCAACAGUUUCCCGGACGGCGUGGAUGGUUGUUGGCUAAGCGCGCUUUUGUUCGUCGUUGCUGCUGCGCCGGCGCGCCGGUGGCCCCAACUGGAAUGUGGGCGGACGACCGGGAAUAGCAACGACGCCUUGGAGACCCUGUUCGAUCCGCCUGGUCUAUGUUUCCUUUUGCAGAUAUGUGUUACAAAUAGUGGUUUUUCCGAUGGAUGUUCUACGUAGAU